AUGUCUGUGCCUGUAAUCAUUUCUUCCUUCCAUUGCAGCAAAUCCCAAGAUCUAAACAAGCCAGCUGAGGACAACAAGUCCCAAGAUGUAGAUGAGCAUGGGGAAGAUGACAUCAGAUCCCUGAACGAUCAGAGCGAAAGUGACAGCAAAUCCCCAAACCCAAAUGAUCUGAGUGAAAAUGACAGCAAGUCCCAAGACCCAAAUGAUCAGAGCGAAGGCAAACCCCAAGACCUUACUGAGCUGUCCGAAGACGGUAAAUAUCAAGAUCGGAAGAAUCAGAGCGAGGAGGAGCUCGUGACGCCGUCUGGGACAUCGGAGCCGCAGUCCCAAGAUGGGAAGGAGAAUCCUCAGACACGCAGCUCUCGAUCCUGGGAAAAGACUGCAACAGAUUUGAAGGACGAUCUUUCCAGCUUUCUUACUACUGAGCCGAGCGCAGCUGCUACCCGCUCCUCGCGCAGCUUCGACAGCAAACUCAAAACCUUAAAGCAGGCAGAUUGGGACGAGCUGCAGAGUUCGCAGGACGAAGAGAUUCCUUUCUCCUUAUGGAAGGCUGAGGAUGAAUGGAGAGAUCAAAUACCAACCCAGCACGCUGCAGAAUGCAAGUUUUCCUACCACACCCACUGCUGCUUCAGCGCAACUGAGCAGAUGAUCAGGCACAGCCCAGUGAACCCUACAAAAGGACCGUGUUACCAAAGCUACUUUCUGAAAAAGCAGCGUGCAAAGUUCAAAAGGUGUAAGGUCUCCUCUUCAGCCGAGAGGAUGCAAAAGGCUGGCAGGAAGGAGGUGAAAGAGAGCAAGGUGUUACGCAAAACUCAGCCACCAAGGACCACUUCACCCAGUUUAAGGAGGAGCAAAGUUUUGUACAACCUCUACACGACCUUCUGUGAUGAGGGAGAGCAGUUUGACACAUGCCUUGCUCCAGGAGCAAGAGGACUCUCCAGGGCCUGCACCAUUUUCGGUGCCAUCAAGAAGGGAAAGAUUAACAUCAGCAACCUCCUCCUCAGUUUGCACACGCUGGGUAUCCUGUUGACCAAAUCCGAGAUGUACCAAGCUCUCAAGUUCAUUCCGAUGGAUGUGCAUGGGAAUCUGGAUUUUGCUGACUUCCUGGACAUUUUGAAGACCACCCCAUCCUUUACAGAAAGAGAGGCUCUCAAGAAUGCUCUGUUCAUUUUCAAAAACAUUAGGAAAGACAUGGUGGCCAUUGAUGACUUAGAGACCAUUUUGGCUUGCCUGGGGGUCACUCUGAGCUCCAAGGUUAUACAACAUGCAGUGGGAUCCAUCCGAGUUACCUGGGACGGGAAAAUAAACAUCUCAGAAUUUCUGUCACUUGUGAGAGGACCAACAGUUUGCCAUAAAGGACUAGUAAUACAGAUGAUUCGGAGACCCAAUGGAGAAUGCUGCCUGCUCAUAAUCACCCACCCCUGUUCUAUAAUCCUGAUUAUGAUGCCGCUCUUGCCCAGCUACGGAAGAGGAAAAAUAAAUCCCAGAAACCUGCUGAGCCUGAGCAGACAAAACCCAAAGGCAAGAAAGAUGUCAUUGACUGAAAGCCAAGAAGAAGAAGAGGAGCUUCCUUUCUCAGUGAUCAACUAUGACAGAAUCCAGAAGCAGAAGAAGAAGAAGAGGCUGUCCUUCAACAAGGAUCUUCCAAGGAGGUAUGAAUUUGAAGAGGCCCUCGAAACAUCAGAUUCCGAAAGUGAAGGCAAGAAGCCGUCAGAAGCAGUAUCCGACGAGCAAGCCUUGCAGAAUGCCUUCGAUAUCCUCAACACGCUUGCAAAAGAGGACAUGAAGGGCAAUACACUGCAGUCCACCUUUCACAAAAUGGGAGUGAGUGUGAAUGAGAAAGAGUUCCAGGACGUGCUGCAGAAGGCGGGUUUGGCAAAAGAUGGGAUGGUGAACUUCUCCAACUUCGUGUCUGCCUUGGGGAAAACAAGCCGCAUCACUGAAUUUGCAAUGUUGAAAGGUGCCAUUCAGGCCAUCAACAAGAUUGAAGGAGGCAAGAUGGUAGUGCAUGACCUCCCGGCCUUUGCGAGAUGCAUGGGGGUCCACCUGUCUGACCACGAUUUCAAGCGAGCUCUGAAACAAGUACCUGUGGAUGAUGAUGGAAAGGUAGUUGUGAAAGAUUUCAUGAAAGUCUUCACCAGCACUCCACACUUCUCUGACCUGACAGCGCUGAAGGGCAUCAUGAAAGCAGUCGACACCCUUCGGGAAAGCAGAGUCUCACUGGAAGAACUCAAUCCCACCCUCAAGAGCAUGGGCAUUCGCUUAAACCCACACGAGUAUGAACAGCUAAUCACAAGGACAUCUGCUGAUAGAAUUGGGAAAAUUGAUAUUGGGCAAGUCUUGAAGAAGAUAUCCAAAUUGCGACGCUUCACAGAAAUGGAAGUUCUGAACAAUGCCAUCAAGACUUUUAGCCAGUUCAAGGAUGAGAAAGUGAAGGUGUCGGAUGUGGAGGCCUGCUUCAGAACUAUCGGGGUCCAUUUAGCUAAACCAGAACUAAAGCAAGCCAUAGAUUCUGUGAUAGUUUCCGCUGAUGGGACUGUGGAUGUCAAGGAACUGACCACAGCAAUGAAGUCAACCAGGCGGUUUGCAAAUUUUUCAGGUGUCAUGGAUAACAUCUGUGCUCUCAAGUUAAUAAAAGAGCACAGCUUGGGGGAGUCGCCAUCUGUGGAGGGCACCACGAGCCGCUUUGACCUGCACAUGGCUAACAGGUUGAUUGCUCAGGUGCUGAAGUCAGUACGUAUGACGGAAGCUGGGCAGCGAGGUUUCAUCAAUUUCUUGAGGGUUUUGACGAGGAAUGAUCAAAUCAGAACAGCGGCAGCCUUGACGGAUGGUUUUGAAUCUCUUGCCAAAGUGGAAAAUGGGAAGAUAAGCAUGGAAGGGUUGCAGGUGGUCCUGAACAGCUUCAACAUCUUCUUGACCCCAAAAGACACAUUGGAUGCGUUGGCCCUUUGCAAUGUUGAUGGCAAAAAGACAGUGAAUCUGAAGGACUUCUUCAAAGGAACAACCUAUACUGGCACUUUUAUUACUCAUCCAGAACUUCAACUCACCUGUAUGGCUCUGAACAAGCUCAAGGGCGACCAUUUUAAUCUCCACGCUCUUGAGUCCACCCUGAAGACCCUGGAUCUUCCUGAGACAGAUGAAUUACUGCAGGAAGUGAUGAAGACAGCCCAAGUUGAUAGUCAUGGCAGGGUGAAUUUCAGAGAAUUCAUGAGGGUUUAUACGCUCCUACCAGAACUCCUGGAAGCAACUGUGCUGAAGGAUACUAUGAAUGCCAUGAAUAAUAUCAGAGCUGAACAAGUCCAGGUGGAUGACCUGCCCAAAACCUUGGCCAAUGUGGGCGUCAAAUUGACACCAGAGGAACUCCAGCAGCUGGUCCACUCAGUUCCAGUCACAGGAGACGGGACUGUAGCUUUUGAUGAGAUUAUUAGGAGUGUAACUGGUACGCAGUCUAUCUCAGAAUUUGCUGCUUUACAGAAGGCUUUUGACGCAAUCAGUGAGCUCUGCAAAGAGAAGAUUAAGAAGGAAGAGCUGCCAGUUGCCCUAGAAAUCCUGGGUAUCCGAAUAUCACCCGAGGAACUUCAGCUAGCUCUGACAUCUGUUCCCAUUGAUGGUGAGAUUUUAAUUAAUUUUCCGUAUUUGCCCAAAGGCCUCCAUGACAUCAUUCAUAACACCAAAUGGCACCUUUCCUAUGUGAUCACUUGUUUAUUUGUCCAUUUGUUUCCCCUUUUCUCUCAAUCCGUUGAAGGUUCAGGGAGACUGGAUGGGAUCGAAUUCCUGAAGGUUUGGUUCCAUUCCCCACACUUGUUUGAAUUCGUAGCACUGCGGGAUGCCAUAAAGCAUGUUGAAAGCAUCAGAAACAAGAAGAUGACAGUUCAGCAGCUGGAGGGAAGUCUGGGUGGCAUGGGACUGUACUUGCCCAAUAAAACUUUCAACGAUAUAGUCAAAUCAGUCAAAACUGACGAGAACGGGCAGAUCUAUUUCAAAGACUUUUUGUUAGGACUGGGUGAAACGGAGGAUUUCAUUGAACUGGAAGCCUUACAGCGCGCCGCCACCAUCAUCGACAUAGGGAACAAUGGCUGGAUGCAACCAAAGGAGCUGCAGUCCACUCUGGAUACUUUGGGCAUCUACAUGAAACAUGAAGAGUUCCAGGAAAUUGCAAAGGAGCUCAUGAAUGAUGAAGGGAUUGUAAACGUCAAGGACUGCCUGAUAACUCUGUCCAAGAGGCAACGCUACAAGGACUCUUUGGCACUUCAAUCUGCUGUUGUGAACUUCAGCAAGAUCAGAGGUGAGAAAGUUGACAUCAGAGACUUGGAGUCCAUUAUAGAAGGUCUGGGUAUUAACUUGAGCAACACUGAGUUCCAGGAUGCCUUAAAAGCCAUCCCUGUAGAUGAAUUCGGAAGAGUGACUUUCAAGGACUUCCUGACCCGUGUAUUGCACAAUGAGCGUUUCUCUGAAUCUGCAGCUUCUUGCUUCUUAAUUUGGCGACCCGCUUUCCUCUUUGCAGCUGUACAAAACCUCUACAUGCUCAUUAGCAAAAUGGAUGGUGAUAAAGUUGAGGUUUCUCAGCUGAAAGACAUACUGGCUCCCAUCGGCAUCCUGUUAACCAGGAACGACGCUAAGGAGGUGCUGAGGAGCAUGGCAGUAAAAAGGGAUGGUAUGGUGAAACUGAAAGAAUUUAUGAACGAAUUGCCCCGUACCCGGCGAUUCUCCACAGCUGUAGAGAUGGAAGGAGCUAUGAAAACGAUGAAUAGCAUCAAACAAGGCUGGGUGGACACUGGAGAGUUGGAUUCUAUCAUGCGCAGUAUGGGCCUCAAUUUACUUCCUGAUGAAAUCGAGCAGGUGUUGAAAAAUGUUACCCAAAACGAUGAUGGGAAAGUGAGUGUGGAAAGUGUCUUGUCUGCGUUGACCAAGACUCGACGCUUUUCCCAAGUGGAAAGUAACAAGGUCCCCAUCGAAAACCUGGAUUCCAUUCUUGAAAGCGUGGGGAUUGUUUUAACCAAAGAGGAGAUGCAGGAGGUCCUCAAGCAAGUUAAAGUUGAUGAGGAUGGGAAAGUGAACCUCAAUGAAUUUAUGAAUAGCCUUAGUGAAAUGAGGCAGACUCUUGAAGGUGACCAAGGGGAUAUGGUUGCCAUGGAAGAGGUAGGUUCCUCUUUGUCCAACUUAGGGAUCCACUUAACCGAAGAGCAACUCCAAGAAGCCUUGAAGUAUGUGACUGUGAAUGGUGAGUGA